AUGGCUUUGGACUUUCCAGCCUUCGAACCUCUGAGCCUGUCCUCUCUGGUGGUGGUGGAGGAGGAUUUAGAACCUUAUGUGCUAGAAUGGCCAACUGUUCCCGACGCAGAUGGUGCCUCCGAGGCCAUGGUGUUGGCCAUCAUGAAAAGAGAAGCUGGACUUUUGCUGGCUGUUCCCCCUGGUUUUGUUCCUCAGGGUGUUCUAGAUCGAGCCAAUGCUGGACAGGAAGCUGGACCAAUCGGCGCCUCCACGGUUGCCAUCGUUCCAGGGGUGAUCGUCGAAGAUGGGAUUCGGUCCCCCACAGGUUCCCAGCUCGAAGUCCUGAUCGUGGAUGUCUCGGCAGACCUUGUACGUCAGCUGCGCCCCAUGUUGGAUUUAGAAGAAAUAGCCUGCCCUUUCGAUCCAGAGAAUCCUUACAGUUUGCCUUCACCGGUGGAGCUGCUGAGAGCUGCAAGAGAUUGGGUUUCAGCUGCAGGCGAGGACACAGGUUUGGCCUUUUACUCUGCAGGAGGAGGACCGGACUUGGAGGAGGAUGGCAGAACAUCAGGGGACUCUGCGCUCCAGAGACAGCCUCCCCCACCCAGAAGAGCCCGGAAGUCUGCAAAGCCCGCCGACACUCCUACUGGCGGCGCAUCCAGCGCAGAAAAGCCAAAGCGGGUGACCACUGCCUCCCUGGCGGCUUCCAUGGACCAACUCUUGGCGGUAGUGCCCUCUUUGUCAGGCCAGUUGCAGGAGCUGACAAAGAAGCAGCAAAUUUUGGAAGAUCGUUUGGUUGCUCCUUCCCGGGUAGGGGCGCUUGGACUUUCUCAGCCCUUAUCAGCCACCAUGCCUCAGCCAGUUGCAGCGGGAGCAGUUGCAAAAGCCUUGAAUGUUCCCCCGCCUCGCACCAGGGGUCAGCUCUCUAUGGAUUUUCGCCCGGCGAUGGAAUUCAAGCCGGAGGAGCUGGUUGCACUGGAGGAGGAGAAACCAGACGCCCCUCUACCAGAAGGGGACCUUGCCAAAGCAAUGCUAGUGCAGUCAAAGGCGCUGACCGCUCUAGUGAGCCAGAUAGCUUCAAGCUCGCAAGAUCCCAUGGCCGAUCUGACCUUAGGGGUGCAGUCUGCCAGCACCCGAGGAGCGACGGGCCGAGCCCGAUUGCAAGCAGAGCUGGCCACCCACUCGGGCGCCUUCUUCCAGUCUGUGCUGAAAGCGAUGGCCCGACGUAUGCAGCCCACUAUGCCCGCUACUGGCUCACCAGAGGACUUGCUCCGCAGGGGGAUCUGUGGUACCCUUUACAUGGAGCGGUACGGAGGUUUCGGUCGCCACCGGGACUUGGGGCUGUUGCUCUACCAGGUGAUGGGGAUUUUGGACUUUCUCCAAGCUGGGAACACAGGAGCUGCCCAGGACGCCACUGCCCUCCUGGCGGUCUGCAUCGACCAGGCGGUGCUGGACGGAGGUCGCUUCGACUUAGCAGCUUUGUUGACGCUCCAAGAGGAUCCUCCGUCAGCCAUUUUUGUCAACAGACAGCAGAGCGUUUUGGCACGAUCCCGGGCUUUCUCUCAACUGGCGGAUCAAAAGUGGGUCACGACGGCGCUCGCGUUUGUGAAAGAACUGGAUCUGAUCAAUGUGAAGCGUCAGGAACUAUCAGGUCAGGCGACAGGAUCACAAAAAGGUCAGCCCAGUUCCGAGCCCAGCGCAAAGCCAAAGGCUCAAGCCAAAAGAAAGGGAAAAGGGAACGCCAAGGGCCAGACGGCCAGCUAUGCCCAGGAAGCGGAAGAGGAGUGCGAUUUUGCCUGGCAUCUUCGACGUUCCUUGAGUUUUUCCACGCCACAGUCCAAAGGGCUGUCGACCACUGCUUUUCCUUUGCCUUUGCCAGUUUUGCCUUCCAGCAUUGACAAGGGAUUCCCUACGCUUUCCAAGAAGAGGCUGUUGAAGCUUUGCAGAGCCCGCCUUUUGCAUGUGACCAUUUUCACGUUGAAUUUUGUGUAUUUGGGUCGCUACCCUUCUUUGGAGGAGCUAGGAAGAGAGCCUACAGGUAUGCAGCGAGCCAUCAUCCAGCGCCUGAGAGCUCUUCUUGCAGUGUGUGGAUCUUCACCGGAGCCCUUUUCACUUGCUCCUGGGAGGUCCGGGCCUGAAUUAGUUGCAUGUCUUUUGCAGUUGGAGCAUUUUGCCCAAAGAUCGCCUGAGAUGCAGCAGCCGUACCUCAAGCAGCCCACCAAGUUCCGAGAAGACCCAAGUUUGCUGCCUGUUGACAGUUAUCCCCAGCUUGCACCUUACAGAUCCCUCGAUGCCUCGCGCCUGAAGUUGGUCGGAGAAGGAAAGUGGAGAAUGAGUGAUUUUCUGUCUGGUCCUCUGUGGUUGCCCUUUCUUGAGCCGGCUUUUCUUCGUCAUGGACUCCCUGUUGAUGAAUCUUGUGCACCAAACUUCAAGCAGGAGUCGAGGGCCGAGUGUUUUGAGCUGAUGAAGGUUUGGGAUGCAAAAGGUCUUUUGGAAUUUUUCCCCGGCCCAGCCGAUGAUGGAAUGUUCUGUCGGGUUUUCAACGCCUUCAAGAACCCUUCCACUGACCGGCAGAUAGGUGACCGUAGGUCCUUGGAUUUGCUGCGCUUGAGAGCUUUGACCGUCGUGCCCAAACAGCCAUGCCAAAGCAGAGGGAGGUUGCUGGUGACAGACUUGGAUUUGCGCCUGAAGUUGGUGCAAAGAAGAGGCAUGAGGUCCAAACCGCCUGACUGCAUUGUCCCUCUGCCACGAAGUGUCAGUCGUGAGUUGGUUGUUCUGUCUGCUUUGGCGCCGCUGAUGUGUUCAAAUGUUGCGGUGAACUAUCAUGACAGGAUGUUUGCAACUGAUGCCUCCUUGAACAAGGGUGCUGUAGUCGAAGCCUGUGUGUCUCCUGAGGUCUGUGAGGAGGUUUGGCUUGACUCUGACAAGAAUGGAUGCUAUGUGCAGCUUGACAGUGGGUUCCGUGAAAUGCUAAGGCACAUCGGUGAGUUUGACGGUGAUGAGGUCCCCACACCAGCGUUUGUCAGACCAAAAGCCUCGCCCCUCCUUUACUUCGACUUUGUGGAAAUCUGUGGUGGCGUUGGUGCUGUGUCAGAUGCUGCAAUUGGGAUAGGCCUUGUGGUUGCCCCUCCGCUGGAUUUGUCGGCAUCCCGUCACUACGACCUGACUGACUCGCGACUUUUGGAGUGGAUUUUGCAUAUGGCAAUCCUUGCGGCUUGUCAGUUCGGGUCCAUCCACCAAAAGGAAUUUCGUUUCCUUUUGCACUUGAUUGCUGUUGCUGACGUUGAGCGCCGUUGCACCAGGGAUCAUCCUCAUGUUCAAAUCCAGGGGAAGUACACAAAGAAAUCUGCCAUCUAUACCCCAGAGAUGGGCUGUCACUUGGCGGCUGCUUUCAAGAAGGCACUCCGAAUGCAGGUUCAUGCUGAAGAGCCUGAUUGGAAGCUUGAUGGACUUGAAUCGGUAGUAUCUAAUGACCUCAUGCUGGCCGCAAAGUGGAACGAGGUUGAGUCUUGGGUUUGGAAAAGGUCUCCCCACAUAAAUGUCUUGGAGGUGUCUGCUGCUGUUCGAGUUCUCGCAAAGCAUGGAGUGCGUUUUCCUCACACACGUUUCCUGUCUUUCUUGGACUCAGCUGUUGCAAAAGGUGCCUUGUCGAAAGGGAGGUCAACUUCCCGCCUUCUGCAGCCCCUGUUGCGGCGAGCGGCUGCUCUGCAGAUUGUCUUUGAUCUGUACCCUGUUUGGCCUUUCUGUCCUACCAGGUUGAAUGUUGCCGAUGACCCCACUAGGGACUGCUGUUUGCGUGAGCCAAGCCCAGGGACCAUCCGAAAGGCUGAGGGCGUUGAUUUCCGUGCCCUUCACCGAGUUGGGUUAAAGCGCUCUGCCGCAAACUGGAUCCGCCUUGUCCUGCUGGUCUCUGCGUGUGUCCCAGGAAAUGCCACUUGCGUCUCCUCUCACUUUCCCCUGGGGUCGUGGUCUGUGGAUGCCCUUUGGAUUGCCGGGCGACUCCUUGAACUCUUGAGGUGCAUCUUUGUCGUGGUCAGUUUUGGCUUGGUUUGGUUCCUCCUUUUGCGUUGUCUGCUGCGCCUUUGGAUUUCUCGAGCCAACCUGCUCUCCGUCGGUCUCAUGUUGUCCGCAGGCCCUGCUUUUGCUUUCCCCCCGUUGGACUUCGGUUUGGGUGCGCAUGCCAUGGAACCAUCUUCGCUGGCAGAGCGGAAGCGAGCUGAGAUGCGGACGUCUAUAAAGCUGACAGGUGAUCGAGUCAUCCUUGAUUUCACGAGAGCUCGGAGGAAGAAGCUCUUGAAGCAGUUCCAAGUUUGGCUCUGGCAGACCCGUGGAGUUUCUUUGCUCUACAUGCUGAAGGAGAAACCUGCGGAUCCAGAAAAGAUCGACUCAGAAAUGGUGAGACGCCGUGGUCGUUGGGCGACAGUAAAGACUAUGGAGAUCUAUUUGCAGGAAGUGCUGUACGUGACCUAUGUCGAGAAACUGCCACAAGCUACAAAGGAAUUUAUAUCCAUAGCAGCUGCAGGUUUUCCCGACGUCUUGCAGCAAGCACAGACCUUCACAGAAGCAGGCGUACCACCUACGGCGUGGUUCUUACUGUUGAAAGGCCGACCGGUGAAUGUGGGGGAGAAUGGUUAA